CACCCACACAAUUAUAUUCCUAUAAAAAGGAGCCAUGGGUCUUGGUUUUGAUCUGCACAUGAUCUGUUUGUUAAGAAAUUAAGCGCAAGAGACAUCAAUAUCCAAGACAAAAGAGAUGGCAGAGUUGUUCAUUAAACAAGCCAAGCAAUACUUGGCGACUAGACCAAACUAUCCUCAGCAACUGUUUCAGUUCAUAGCCUCCAAGACACCUUCUCAUGACCUUGUCUGGGAUGUCGGCACAGGCAGCGGCCAGGCUGCUACAUCUUUAGCUGAGAUUUACAAGAAAGUGAUCGGGACAGACACUAGCCCGAAGCAGAUAGAAUUGGCGCCUAAGCUUCCAAAUGUUGAAUACAAAUGCACACCAGCAGACCUCUCCGUGGCUUAUUUAGACAGCCACAUCGCAGCAAAAUCAACGGUGGACUUGGUGACUGUAGCUCAAGCUCUCCAUUGGUUUGACAAUCUGGGUUUCUAUCAACAGGUUAAGUAUGUGCUUAAAAAGCCUCAUGGAGUCAUUGCAGCUUGGUGUUACACUGUGCCACAGGUUAAUGAGGCCGUCGAUGCUGUCUUCAAACCGUACUACGCUGUUGAUGUUGAACCUUACUGGGAUCCAGCGCGUAAGAAGGUGGAUAAUGAGUAUAGAAGCAUUGAGUUCCCUUUCGAGCCUGUGGAUGGGUUGGAUGAUACAGGUCCAUUUCAGUUCAAGACAGAGAGCUUGAUGAGCCUGGAUGAAUAUUUUAUGUACCUCAGGUCAUGGUCCUCAUAUCAGACGGCUAAAGAUAAAGGUGUUGAGCUUUUAAAUGACAGAGUACUUGAAGAGUUUACUAGAGCUUGGAACCAAGAUGGAACAGAAAGCAAAAUCGUGGUGUUUCCUGUUCAUUUAAGGAUUGGUAAAGUGGGAAGUCUUGACAGUUGAAGGUUAGGCACAAAAACUGAAAAAAAUAAAACAAGCUUUCUUUUCUGUUGAA